AUUCCAAAUUCCCCAAAUUUGAUUUUGAAGGGACAAUGAUAUCGAAAAAAACCUUCAAGUUCAACCCUCCCCCUCCGCCGCUUAAUAAAUUACAGACACAAUCUCCUCGGCUACCUCCUCUUCAUCCCCUCAACAACCGAUCCACAUGGAGGGACUGACAGAGGAUGAACGAAAGGCUCUUCGUGGAAGCAAAUUUGCACCUCUUCCAUCUCCACUGCCCACCGUUUCCCGAUCUCAACCUAGAUUGGCGCACCCUGGAGGACCAAUGAAAACUAAUAAAGCUGCUGCGUUAGCCAAGUUUCUGGAACGGAAGUCACUGGAACCUAGUGGAUUAUCUUCUAUUAAUCCCAAACUUGUGGAAUUGGCUGUGAAAAAUGCCAAAGAGACUGUUAGAGCAAGCAAUGCUUCAAAUUCAGAAAGGAGAAUACAGCAUGUAAACUCAUUUGGUGACUAUGAGGAUAUGAUUGAAGAAGACCAAGAAAUGGAAGUGAAACCAAUCAAACUGAAGAAAAAGAAGAACAAGAAGAAGAAAAAUAAAAAACAGAAGGUGAACUAGCCACAAGAUUUUGUUUCUUGGACAACCAAAAGCUCCAUCUUUUUUACUUCUCAAAAGGAUUUUGGUAGUUUCUUUUUUGGAGAGACAAAACUUGUGUAUAACAUGAACAGAAGGUAAUUGAAACUGACGAUGGUGUUGUAAAAUACCAAAAUCAUUGUUGAGAUUAUCUGCUUAAAUGUUGUAGACUAUUAAGUUGAUUAUAUUUGGGUUAAAUCUUAUGAUGUUAAUCCACAUGUGAAAUCAUCAAUUGCUUAUGUAAUUUUGCCAAAAAAAAUAAUAAUGUAAUAUGGGCUUUGGUU